UGUGGCUGUAGAAGGGGAUCCCACUGGCACGUCGCCGCUAUUAGAAGAUCAGGCGCUUGCAAGACCAAACAGAGAAUUAUAUUCUCACUUACAUUUUUUUUUUUGCGCUGCAGCAUCCACAAAAGGGGUGCAAUGUGGUAGAUCAUGUAGACCGAGUUCUUUUUUUAAUUUACUUUAGUUUUUAUUUUUUUACUUUGCGGGAUAAAAAACUAUAUUGUCCUGCGGCGUUUCAUUCAUAUCUUUUGUGAUCAAGUGCGAACUUUGUAAACUCUCUGAAAUUAUAUAACGCCGAACAUAUAGCGCAGAAAUCACCAUGAGUGAGCAGAGUAUCUGUCAGGCGCGGGCAGCCGUCAUGGUAUAUGACGACACCAAUAAGAAGUGGGUUCCGGCUGGUGGAUCCACAGGCUUUAGUCGAGUCCACAUCUAUCACCACACUGGCAACAAUGCCUUCAGAGUAGUGGGCCGUAAAAUUCAGGACCACCAGGUGGUAAUAAACUGUGCCAUUCCCAAGGGCCUGAAGUACAACCAGGCCACACAAACGUUUCACCAGUGGCGAGAUGCACGGCAGGUGUACGGCCUUAACUUUGGCAGCAAAGAGGAUGCCAAUGUAUUUGCCAGUGCCAUGAUGCAUGCCCUGGAGGUGCUGAACUCUCAGGAUGCAGGCCCCCCGAUGCCAAGACAGUCCCCUCAGGUGCAGAAUGGCCCAUCACCAGAGGAGCUGGAGGUGCAGAGAAGGCAGAUGCAAGAGCUCCAGCGUCAGAAGGAGCAAGAGAGGGAACGACUGGAGCGAGAGAGGCUAGAACGAGAACGCCAGGAACGAGAGAUGCUGGAACGGGAGCGUGCUGAAAGGGAAUGUCAGGAGCGAGAGCGACUGGAGAGAGAGCGACUGGAGAGGGAGCGUGCCGAGCAGGAACAUCUGGAGCGCCUGGAGCGUGAGCGUCAAGAGCAAGAGCAGCUGGAGCGAGAACGCCAGGAACGGGAGCGCGCCGAGCGGGAGCUGAUGGAGAGAGAGCGUGCCGAGAGAGAGAAGCAAGAAAGGGAGCAUCAAGAGCAGCUGGACAGAGAACAGAUGGACUGGGAGAGAGGGAGACGCAUCUCCAACGCCGCAUUUGAAAGCACCCUCUACACUCCUCCACCUCCAGAAUACAACAAGACCACCUCCUCCUCACCUGUGUCUCCUUCCACCCCCAGCUACCCACCCCCAACGCCAUCGCCCUCCACAGCCGCUCCUCCAACCCCGCCCCUGCGCCACUCUGCCUCCCGAUUCGCCACGUCGCUUGGCUCCGCCUUCCACCCGGUCUUGCCUCAUUACGCCACUGUACCUCGCAGACAACCCGCACCUCCAACGCCACCGCCCCAUGCCCCAGCUCCUCCUUUAGCUCCGGCCUCCAAAUCCGUAGUCUGGACAGCUAACAACUUCACACCCCUACCGCCCUCACCUCCGGUCAUGAUCAGCAGCCCUCCAGGCAAGGCCACGGGUCCUCGCCCGAUGAUUGCGAUCCCGGCCCCUAGUCCGCUCUCCCAGAAACCCCCCUCACCCAUCACUGCGCCCAACGGGCCACCCACUUCUCUUCACUUCCAUGUUUCAUCACCUGUCUCGAGUCAGCCGUUCUCUUUGCCCCCGACGCCACCCCCUCCGCCGCCCCUAUAUUCCCCCUCGCCCACCUUGCCCAUCGCUCCCCUUGUGUCUUGUCCCUCACCCCAGCCUGCUGUUCUCCCUUCUCCUUCCACAGCCUUCCCUGCCUCUGCUGAGCACUCUGUAAACUCUGGUUUGGGAGACUCCUGCUCCUCUGCUCCAGAGCUGCCCACUCAGCCUGCUGACUUCCCCAGCCAGCCGGAUUCAGUACAGGGGAUACCAACCCCUCCACCCCCACCACCUCUCCCUCCCGGCUCCACUGUGACUCCCACCACUGCUGGACCUCAACCACCCCCUGGUCCCCCUCCUCCUCCCCCACCACCUCUGCCCCCAACGCUUACCCCAACAGGUCCUCCCCUUCCCCCAGGGCCACCGCCUCUACCCUCAGGCCAGGCACCACCGCCAGUGCCACCUCCACCUCCACCCCCGGCCCCACCUUUGCCCUCGGGUCUCUUCACCCCCUCGCCCACAACAGAGGAGAACAAGGGCCUGUCUGGGUUCGCAGCUGCCCUUGCUGGAGCCAAGCUAAAGAAAGUGCCAAGGAGUGAUGAGCCCCUGGCUCCAGCCCCAGGAUCAGCGGUAAGUUCUGGUGGUGCCAAGCCUGAGGCAUCACGUGGAAAUGGCCCUUUACCCGGAGGAGGAGGUCUGAUGGAGGAGAUGAGCGCCCUGCUGGCCAGGAGGAGAAGAAUUGCUGAGAAGGGAUCAUCACCAGAGCCCGAGCAGAAAGCUGAUGAUAUUGAGGCUACCAUAACUCCAAAAGUGUCAGCCUGUAGCACACCAGAUAUGCCCAGAAAGCCUUGGGAGAGGACAAACACCAUGAAUGGUAGCAAAUCACCAGUCAUUGGAAGACGGGAUGCACCAUGGAGAAAUCAGAUGGGUACUGACAAGUACUAUGAUUCCUUAAACAGACCAAGGUCUACACCAACUCCUACCGGAUCCAUAAGUGCCAAUGGGGUGCCAACAGAAGCUCUUGACUACGACAGAUUGAAACAGGACAUUCUAGAGGAGAUGAGGAAGGAACUAUCGAAGCUGAAAGAAGAACUUAUUGAUGCAAUCAGAGAGGAGUUGGGCAAGUCAAACUCUGCAUAGGAGAAUGAGAUGCACCUGUAUUUUUUUAACCACAAUCUGUCACUUCAGAGGUCAGCUUCAGUUUAAGACACUUUCUCUAAAGCAAUGAAAAUGGAAAAUUUACAGUUUUAACUAGUGGUGAUCACAAUAACCAUGAUAAUUCGGUGGAUAUGUCGAGUAUGAUGCCGGGACAGACAUUGGUUUUGAGCGUGGGGGCACAGGAGGCGUAACAGCGAGAGGAUAACCAGACACCUCAAAGCGACGCCAUACACCAAAAGCCCCAUCUUGAAGGGGGUCAGGACACAGUCUUAAGGAAGUGACUGUCAGUAUGCAAUGGAUGACUCUUACUGUGGAAAGAAAAUGAUGAAAAAAGACAAAUUUAUUACUGAAUUACAUACUGUAUUAACCAUAGAAGAGUGAAAUUGUAAAUCAAGCAGAUGACAUUCAUUCUACGGCACAUCGUUUAGCAAAGGGCAGGCUUUGUUUAUGAAUUGAAAAAGUGGUGUUGGUGGUGAAGUAAUGUUAAUGAAGUUGGUCUUGUAUAGAGCAAAACCUUGAAUCUGGCCAACCAAAUGAGUAUGGUCUCUUGCUGCAGGACACUAAAGCUUGUCUUCCUACUAUUUUAACCAGAAUAUGUACAUUAAAAUGAUGACAACAAAAUAAACAUUAUACCUGCAAGUCA